CGGCAGUGAAAUUCAGGCAGGGGUGAGAGGUACCCAUGAGAUGUUUUGAGAAUUUUUAUACAAUUAUUUAUUUAAAUAAAAAAUGGCCGCCGUAGAGAGCGGAGACGAGAGACUCAGUGAGGAGAAGAGUGAGGACGCCAUCCAGACUCAGAGCUCCAACGACAAGGACCCUAAGACACACAGCAAGCCAAAGAAGGUGAGGCGGGAGCGGAGGGAUAUGGAGAAGGAGAGGCUGGAGUCUUCAUCCACCACCACUAUGUUCUCCCCUCCUCGUCCUCCAGUCCAGCAGCCCAGUGUAGACCAAGACCAGCCGCAGCUGGCUGAGGCGGGGCCCUCGGAACCUAUGGUUACUGCAGUUGGUGAGGCCUCGGGUCUAUUUGAGUCCCCUGCUUCGCCCAAACAGAGGAGGUCCAUAAUCAGAGACCGUGGUCCUUUGUACGACGACCCCUCUCUGCCCCAGGGCUGGACACGUAAACUGAAACAACGCAAGUCUGGGCGGUCCGCCGGAAAGUUUGACGUCUACUUGAUGAACCCAGAGGGGAAAGCCUUCCGUUCCAAGGUGGAGCUGAUCGCCUUCUUCCAGAAGGUAGGAGACACCGCCUCCGACCCCAACGACUUCGACUUCACCGUGACAGGGCGUGGCAGUCCCUCCCGCCGCGAGAAGAGACCCCCAAAGAAACCCAAGGUGAUGAAACCGUCAGGGAGGGGCCGGGGUCGGCCGAAGGGGAGUGGGAAGUUACGCCCGGCCAUGGAGGGCGUGGCAAUGAAGCGUGUGGUGGAGAAGAGUCCUGGGAGGCUCUUGGUCAAAAUGCCUUUCAGCGCAUCCAAGGCAUCUGAAGCGGCGGGGCAGCCGCCAUCGCAGGUCGUAGUCGCCACGAUGCGCCCUGGACGGAAAAGGAAGGCGGAGACACAACUGCAGACUGCUCCGAAAAAGCGGGGGCGUAAGCCAGGGUUGGUGUCAGCGGCAGUUGGGGUGGCGGAUUCCAGUACUUCCUCCUACGCAGCGGUUGCUAUCGUCGCCGCAGAAGCCAAAAGGAAAGCUCAGAAGGAGUCUUCCACUAAGCCAGUGCAGCAGACCGCUCUACCCAUCAAGAAACGCAAGACCAGAGAAACUGUUGAGGAGUCGAAAGACAUUCCAGCUAUAGCCGGGGCAGGGAUAGGGACAGGGAGUGCUGUGGUGGUGGUGGCAGCAGCAGAGAGGACAGACCAGGGACAGAAGGAUCAGGGACAGAAGGAUCAGGGACAGAAGCUGCCAAAGAGUCCAGGGAGGAUGCACAAGGACAGUCCCGUGACUGCCGGGCUGACCGCAGAGGACAGUGGUGGGGCCAGCGUUGGGUCUAAUAGUGGGGCCAGCGUUGGGUCUAAUAGUGGGGCCAGUGGAGGCGGCAGCAGCAGUAGCAUCACUACCCCAAAGAGUCACAGCCACAAGAGAAAAGAGCGUACGCCGCACAAACACCUUCACCACCACCACCACCACCACCGUCGCCACAGUCACUCCUCUGUAGUGGAGGAUCCUCCUCCCCCACCCUCCCAGCGGCCCCCUCAUCAUCACUUCCCCGGCUUGACUAUGGGCCUAGUCUCCCAUACAGCCAGGGCCUCGGUGAGGCCAGGGGCACUCCUGCAGAAUGAGCCCCAGGACCUGAGCACCUCCAGGGGGCCCUGCCGGGCCAGCACCACCACGGCCAGAGGAGAGAGAGAGGAGGUCCGGGAGGUCAGACAGGACAGGUGUCCAAAGCCUCCGGUAGCUGCAGUGGUGGGAAUAGGUGACACCAGGGCCAACAAGCAUCAAGUGGGCAUGGCAGCAGGGACGGUGGAAGGGAGGGAUUUGAGAGACAUUGUAUCCUUCUCAGCCGUACCCAGACCUAGCCGGGAGGAGACGGUCUCAGCCGUACCCAGACCUAGCCGGGAGGAGACCGUCUCAGCCGUACCCAGACCUAGCCGGGAGGAGACCGUCUCAGCCGUACCCAGACCUAGCCGGGAGGAGGCGGUCUCAGCCGUACCCAGACCUAGCCGGGAGGAGGCGGUCUCAGCCGUACCCAGACCUAGCCGGGAGGAGACGGUCUCAGCCGUACCCAGACCUAGCCGGGAGGAGACGGUCUCAGCCGUACCCAGACCUAGCCGGGAGGAGACGGUCUCAGCCGUACCCAGACCUAGCCGGGAGGAGGCGGUCUCAGCCGUACCCAGACCUAGCCGGGAGGAGACGGUCUCAGCCGUACCCAGACCUAGCCGGGAGGAGACGGUCUCAGCCGUACCCAGACCUAGCCGGGAGGAGACGGUCUCAGCCGUACCCAGACCUAGCCGGGAGGAGACGGUCUCAGCCGUACCCAGACCUAGCCGGGAGGAGGCGGUCUCAGCCGUACCCAGACCUAGCCGGGAGGAGACGGUCUCAGCCGUACCCAGACCUAGCCGGGAGGAGACGGUCUCAGCCGUACCCAGACCUAGCCGGGAGGAGGCGGUCUCAGCCGUACCCAGACCUAGCCGGGGGGAGACGGUCUCAGCCGUACCCAGACCUAGCCGGGAGGAGACCGUCUCAGCCGUACCCAGACCUAGCCGGGAGGAGACGGUCUCAGCCGUACCCAGACCUAGCCGGGAGGAGACGGUCUCAGCCGUACCCAGACCUAGCCGGGAGGAGACGGUCUCAGCCGUACCCAGACCUAGCCGGGAGGAGACGGUCGAGUCUCGGACACCGGUCACUGAAAGGUCAUCCACUGCGACCCAUGAUCCUUUGCUCAAAGCUUACAGGACGUGGAGGACCUACACUUCCUGUAUACAUCAUCAGCCGGAAACUAUGGAAUCCAUGGUUUAAGAUACCAUUGUUAAAAUGGGACUGAAACAGGGUUGGAUUUGCCUAAAGCCAAGGCACAUGUCCUGUCUGGCCCUUUAUAAAGUGGACUUGCCAAUUGUUCUGUGCUCCGUGGAUAGAGGCCUCACAAUAUACAUAUGCCAUGCAAGCUGCCACUGCUUCUGUUGUAGCAUCUUCUUAUUACCGCAGUACCCGCAGGAUGAGUCCAAAAUGGCACCCUAUUCCCCAUUUUAAUGCACUGCUUAUAGGGUCCUGGUCAAACAGUGUGCACUGUAUCGGGACUAGGGUUCUAUAGGACUCUGGUCUAAAGUAGUGCACUGUAUAGGGAAUAGGGUGCCAUAGGGCUCUGGUCUAAAGUAGUGCACUGUAUAGGGAAUAGGGUGCCAUAGGGCUCUGGUCUAAAGUAGUGCACUGUAUAGGGACUAGGGUGCCAUUUUGGAUGAAACCUCGGUUUCCAGUCCACGCUCUACAGUCCAGGCCUAUUCAUUUAGGUGACAUAUGUUUUCCUCAACCUAUAAUAUGUCCAUGCGUCCCAAAUGGUACCCUAUUCCCUAUGUAGUGCACUACUUUAGACCAGGACCCUAAAAGUAGUGCAAUACUUUAGACCAG